CUCUGUAUUUAUAAUUAUUUAUUUGAUGAUUUAUGCAAACACUAUUUAUUAACUUAAUUAAAUGAAAUCUUAUUUACAACACAAUAAAAUAUUUCAUUUUAUAUUGAAAAUGAUAAUUUUAAGAAGAUAAUACCUUAUAAAGUUUUCUGAAGGACGGGACCCUUCUUCUAUUCGCGAUCUCUUCCAAUUUUAUUUUUUAACUCGUUGUGGUUCAUUAGAGUUUUAAUACCGCAUAAUAUCUCAGUACUAAUUGGUGACUAAGACUAAACAAGUUCCUCUGACUGUCCUUAAGAAACCAUCAGAUUUAGAAGAUGUCAGCAGCACAUCCACUUAUUUUACACUUAUUAAUAUGUGGAUGGUAUAUAUGUUUCUUUUACCAACUAAUUAAAAUAAGUUUUGGAGAAUCGAAAAAUUGGGAUCCUAAAUAUCAUAAAAUAAAUGAAUUAAGAUUUAGAUACCUUACAAACUGGAAUUUGACUAUGCAAUUACUAUUCUUUCUCAAAUGUCUAAUUAAUGAUGCCAUGAUAAUUUUAUAUGGCCCAAACUGGCUUGGAAUUGGUAACAAAUUUAAAAUGGUGAUGUCUGCAUUUUUCGCAUCAAUAAUACUACCUAGUGCAAUUUAUAUAUCAAUUUCAUUUUGGAUUUUAUUUGCUAUAAAUCGUGAGUAUUUGUACCCAAGAAUUAUUGAUGAAGUCAUACCAUUUUGGCAUAAUCAUGGAAUGCACACAUUCAUCUUACCAAUUGCACUUGUUGAAUUAUUUACCACGAAACAUUCAUUUUUAUCUCCUAUAACACUAGUGAAAAUACUUUAUUCUUAUUUGUUACUUUAUUUAGUUGUUGUGUUUGAAACUUAUGUGGAAACAGGUCGCUGGCUUUACCCAUUAUUUUCAAAAUUUAGUGCUCCAAUAAGUGUAGCAAUAUUGUUAACAAUGCUCUUUUUUUACACAAUCUCUAUAUAUGUUGGCAUUUUGAUUCAUAAAUUAUAUUGGGGGAGUGACAAAAUUGAAAACAAAAUUAGAAAUCUAAAUGACUACACUCCAUGUAAUGUAUGAUUUUUAUUAAAUAUCCAGUUGUAAUAAUUACUACUCAUAUAGUAGUAUUUUAUACUAUUUUUGACACAAUAUAUAAAUUUUUUAAUAAAUAUGUCAAAAAAAAUUAAACAUUAGAGUAAUUGUUGGCAUCUUUUAGGAAUUAUCUUUAUCAUAUACUGAGUAAUCUUAAUCAUAACUUACAUACUGUAACUUGUGAAAAAUUGUUUCGUAAUUUAAGUAGUCGAUUUGAUU